AUGAUCAGCUUUAGCUGGAACUCAACAGGUAUUGUGUACUGGGAAAUGGUAGCACAUGGAACUACGAUCCCUGUGGAUGUCUACUGUAGACAAAUUAAAUCUAUUGCGGCAGCAUUGCAUGGUAAACAGAAUCGGGUCUUCUUCAUUCAUGAUACUGCUUGCGCCCUUGUGACAAAGUUGACCCAACACAAGCUCAAAAGCCUCGGCUGGACUGUGAUGUCAUAUGCACAAUACUCACCUGAGGUUGCACUAACAGAUUAUCAUAUGUUCCACUCUCUUCAAAAUCACCUUAACGCAACACGCUUUGACAAUCGAGAGUACCUCAAGAGAUGGUGGGCUAACUUUUUCAACUCAAACUCCAGGUUUCUACAGAAGUUGAAUCCAAAUGCUGCUGAAGGGAUGGAAACAGGUUGUUGA